AUCCAAUAACUCUCCUCACAUGGUUGUAUAUGUCCUAAUUGAAAGGGAAAAAACAACCUGCAGACAGAGACCCUCCGUGGAAUGAGUUUGACACCGCUGCCUUAAAGCCUAUACACUCCAGUGUAACCAAAUGUGCGAAGUUACAUGGCAGGUUGAACGUCCAGGGGCGCUCUGCUGAGAGAUAGGUGGGUGUACAGAGAAAGUUGACACUAGGCUGGUAACUAACUACCUGUUAGCAAGAACUCAUUAAAAGUUUCAUGUCCCGAGGUACUGUAGCUAGCCAGCCACCAGAAGACGCUGCAAACUUUCAAUACAGACUAUUGGAUGGAUUACACGACAGUAUUGACAGAUGAAUUAGCAACAUUCAGAGUGCUAAAGUUAGCUUUCUAGCUAACUGUUAGCAAACAACCAAUUGAAUCAAGUGGUUAUGGACGCGGCGUAACGUUAGUAACUUUACACCUCACCCACGCAGUCUUUGGAAAAGCAAGCAAGGCUGUUGAUAAAGGUAAGAAUGGAUUUACAAAGGCAGGCUAGUGAUAACCCAAACUGUUAGUUAGCUACCAUGUUACGUUAGCUUAACUAACUCAUGUUCCCCAAAACAAAAACAAAGUUAUUCGGGAGCUUGCGUUCUGCAACUGGGCCUCUAGCAUAGCUAUCUAUCUGUACUUAAACUAAAAAACGUUUAGGAUUAUUGCUUCCACGUAGCUAGUUAGCUACUGUAUAGUUAAAAUACUGUUUAAUUAACUUUUUUGUUAUUCUGCUUUUUUUUAUGCAUGUCUUGAGCUAUGGAAUUGCAUGUAAUUUGUUAUUCAUUCCAACGUUACCUGUCAUGAUUUUAACACAAGUGUCUAAUGAUUAGCCAACAGCAGAAUACGGAGAUGUAAUUUAUAGAUCAGCAGGUAUGGGUGCUGAGUGGCUAGAUGUUCUUUACCAUUCGGCCAUCAGAUUUGUCUCCAACGCUCCUUAUAUAUCACUGCAUAAUGUCCACAUCACUGGCCGUCUCUGUAUAGUAUACCCGGCGCAAGAUCCACUGGUUGAUGCUUAUAAAACAUUUACGUAAAAUAUCAUACAAACGAUCAUAAGAGAAAUUAAUUAAAUAAAAUAUUUUUUGUUGUUGCAUUAAACUAAUUCUAAUCCGUUCUCAACAGGCUCAGAAGCCUGUGAGGGCGGGACAUCUAGCGACAAUAGUCCCUGUAGUGCUUCUGCCGGGAAGUCUUGGAGACGCAAAAACUUAUCGGCUGCAGAUAUGAUACCCGACUAAUUAAACACGUGUGCUGUACAAUUCAUUACUGUGGCUAUAAAUGCCACUUUCACAAUUAGUGUAUCCAGAUCACUCGAUUGAUUUAACACUAGCAACUGGUUGCCAUGCAUCCACUGUCAUAUCUUCAACACUGUUGUCUCUUGCCCCUUUGACUCUCUUCACCGCCUCCACAUAGAUCUGCUGAUCCUUGACACCUUGACCUCCUUCACCCUAACUGGGCGCUCAAGGAAGUCUGGAGUAUGAUCCCCACCACAGUUACAUGUUCCAUUCACAGAUUCUUCUGUUCUUCAACACAUUUAACCAAAACCAGGCUGCUUCUAGUCACCUUGAUUGAAUCCACCUUUCCCACUGCUUUCUUCACAGUCCUGAAUAUUACAAAUGGAUUUCCCAAAUUAAACUCCUUGUCUAGAAAACGCUACCCAAUAAGAAAUGCGUUAUUGGACCGGCCCUUGUCUUCUACAACUUAUGCUUGUUUUGUUCCAUUCUUUUGUUUUCACUUUUCCAUUCAUUAUCACACACUUAAUUUGCCUCACUUUCAGAUUCAAGCACAGUCACCAUUUACUCCUCCUUCGAUAUCAUGGCGGUAUGCAAACAAUCAUUUUAAGUGCAUGUCGCCACCUACUAUGCUGGAAUGUACGAUCAAUCAUUAUCUGCCCAAUUCUGUACUACCAUGAAAAUAAAAACAACAAAUCCCUAAUAACUUCUAACAAAUGCUGCACUAUGUCGUCGUCCUCCCCCCACACAAUUACAACACUUAACCUUCACAUUGCUCCCACAUUCACUGUAAUCAUGUUCACUUCACACAUGUUUUGUGCCAUGUUUGUGUUGCUGCCAUGCUGUGUUGUCUUCCGUCUCUUUAUGUAUUGUCGUGGUGUCUCUUAUUGUGAUGCGUGCCUUUAUUUAUUUUUUAUCCCAUCCCCACAGGAAGCUUUUUGCCUCUUGGUAGGCCUUCAUUGUAAAUAAGAAUUUGUUCUUAAUUAACUUUCCUAGUUAAAGGUAAUUUAAAAAAAUAGGCACCAAAACUGAAGAAAACUGUCUGAAACAUGGAGGGACUACCAGGACGUUUGGGGGGGGGGGUUCAAAAUGUUUUGCUACACUUUGGCUUAAAGAACACUACCUGGGUUUCGUUUUGAGAUGGGCCUAUAUGGGGUUGAUGUUGAAUAAUUACCCGGUUCGUCACAUGAAUAGGAAUCAUGACAGACGGGGAAGAAGCGCUUUAGCAGCCUGACCAGAAGGCAAGGAGACAUGGAUGGGUUACAGCAGCUACCUUCCCCUGAGCACCUUGAACAGGUGAAUUGGGAGACUAGGCCUGGGGCUAACAGCACAGGCACAUUUCCCCUGUGUGGCCCAAACUCUCCACAGACCUUGGACACAGCAGCUGAUAUCAUAUGGACUGCACAGGAGGUAGAGGUAGUGGCCUCUGACUUUGGAGACGUGCAGGAGCUGGGGGUUGGGGAGGGCAGUGGGGUGGCAAGGUCGAGGUCCCCCAUCUUGAGGGGAUCAUGGAAUGGGACUGGCAGCCAACAGAAUGAAGGAGGGGAAAAGGAGAGACUGGAGAAGGUGAAGACCAGCCACCGCAGACAAGACAGUCCAGCUGCUGCUACCAACUAUACAGACCUGUCUCACACGUCGUCUCCCUUGCUGUCAGAGCAGUUGCAUCUGGGCCGGGACGAGGCCGCGGGCCCUGCGAUCAACGUUGAGUGUAGGGUCUGUGCUGACAAAGCUUCAGGGUUUCACUACGGUGUGCAUGCCUGCGAGGGCUGCAAGGGCUUCUUCCGACGGACUAUUCGGUUGAAGCUGGAGUAUGAGCGCUGUGAGAGAGCCUGUAAGAUCCUGAAGAAAAACCGUAAUAAGUGCCAAUACUGUCGCUUCCAGAAGUGCCUAGCCCUGGGCAUGUCACAUGAUGCGAUCCGGUAUGGGCGUAUGCCGGAAGCUGAGAAGAAGCUGAUGGCUGGCCUGCUAGCUGAGGAGCUGGAUGCCCAACACCAUGGAGGCUUGGACCUGAAGACCCUGGCUAAACAGGUGUACCAAGCCUACCUGAAGAACCUCAUCAUGACCAAGAAGAAGGCCCGCAAUAUCCUCACUGGCAAGACCAGCUGCACAUCGACAUUUGUGAUCCAUGAUGUGGACACCCUGUGGCAGGCAGAGCGUGGUCUAGUGUGGAACCAGUUAGUCCCGGGCGCGCCCCUCACGAAGGAGAUCGGGGUACACGUGUUCUUCCGCUGUCAGUGCACAACGGUGGAGACUGUACGGGAGCUCACGGAGUUUGCCAAGAGAAUCCCAGGGUUUGUGGAUCUCUUCCUUAACGACCAGGUAACACUGCUGAAGUAUGGCGUCCACGAGGCCAUCUUCGCCAUGCUGCCCUCCCUCAUGAACAAAGAUGGCCUCCUUGUGGCCAACGGGAAGGGUUUUGUGACCCGGGAGUUCCUGAGGAGCCUACGUAAACCCUUCAGUGAGAUCAUGGAGCCCAAGUUUGAGUUUGCUGUGAAGUUCAAUUCUCUGGAGCUGGAUGACAGUGACCUGGCUCUGUUCGUGGCCGCUAUCAUCCUGUGUGGAGACCGUCCAGGGCUGAUGAACGUGAAGCAGGUUGAACAGAGUCAGGACUGUAUUCUCCAGGCCUUGGACCUGCACCUUCAGGCAAACCACCAGGACUCCCUCUAUGUCUUCCCCAAGCUGCUGAACAAGAUGGCCGACCUCAGACAGCUGGUCACAGAGAACGCCUUGCUGGUGCAGAAGAUCAAGAAGACCGAAUCUGAGAUCUCUCUGCACCCACUACUACAGGAGAUCUAUAAGGACAUGUACUGACUGGACCGGACUAAAUCUGUACUGACUGGAAUAAAACGGACUGGACUGGAUUGAAACAGAUCAGACAUGUACUGACUGGAAUAAACAGGACUAGCACUUGCUGCACCUGUUAUGGCAGGAGAACUACAAGGACAUGUACUGGUCACCUCAAAAGUAGUGCACUAUAUAGGAAAUAGGGGGCCAUUUCGGACGCACGAUGAGUCUGAGCCCUCACUGCACCCUUUACUACAGCAGAUCUAUAAAUGUAUGUACUGACUGGAUUAGAUAGGACCUGGACUAAACCAGAUUAAACUGGACCAGACCGGAUCUCACUGCCCCCACUAGUACUUCUUCAUAACCGCAGACUGUUCAAUUUAAUACAACUUUAUUCAACACUAGGGCAAAUACUGACUGUUGUUCAUAGCAAUACAUGACAUUAUAGUGUGUGUGUAUUUACAGUGCAUUUGGAAAGUAUUCAGACCCCUUCCACAUUUUAUGUUACAGCCUUAUUCUAAAAUGGAUUAAAGUCUUUUUUUGUCAUCAAUCUACACACAGUACCCCAAUAAUGACAAAGUGAAAAUGUAUUUUUUUUAACAUUUUUGCCAAUUGAUUAAAAGUAAUUUUUAUUUAAAAA